AUGUCGAUUCUCAUUACUGGUGCUGGUGGCUACGUAGGCCAGGAACUUGCUGCUGGUCUUCUUGCAAAGACCCCGGCUUCAAUAACCGUUACGAUCACUGAUGUCGUGGAGCCUAGAGUUCCAGAUUCAGCGAAGCAACAUGCCGGCCGUCUGACUUGCAUUCGGGCGGACCUAACCUCAACUAACGAGGUCGACGAAUUGAUCAGCGCUGACCGCCCCUAUGAGACCGUGUAUAUCCUCCAUGGCAUCAUGUCGAGUGGCUCGGAGGCCAAUUUCGAGCUAGGAAUCCGGGUGAACCUCGACGCGACACGAUAUAUCCUGGACCGGCUUCGUACAACCAUGCCUGGGGUCAAGGUGGUCUUCACUUCAUCUCUGGCAGUCUAUGGCCCUGCACCGCCAGGCUUUGUGAUUGACGAAACCAACUUUCCCCCGAUGCCAUCCUCCUCUUACGGGUCCCAAAAGCUCAUAAUUGAGACUCUGUUGAACGACUACUCCCGACGAGGGUUCUUGGACGGGCGCUGUGUACGGUUGCCGACGGUGACCGUGCGAGCCGGGAAACCCACCCAGGCUGCUAGCAGCUUCGCGAGCGAUAUCAUUCGGGAGCCAUUCCAUGGCAACACGGCGAUUUUGCCUGUAGGAAAACAGACUGAGAUGUGGAUCUGUUCACCACACACCAUUAUUAAGAACCUGAUUCAUGCCCGUGACGUCCCCAAAGAGGCUUUCGGGGAAUCCCGAUCCGUCAACUUGCCAGGAUUGAAAGUCAGUGUGCAAGAAAUGUUGGAUGCAUUGGAAGAGAUUGGGGGCAAGGACCGGCGGGCGCUGGUGGAGGAGAAAUAUGAUGCUGCCACGGAUAAGAUCGUGCAAUCGUGGACGCCUCAAUUUUCCACUGAUCGUGCCUUCGAGUUGGGAUUCUCGGCGGAUAUUUCCAUGGUGGAAAAUAUCAGGCAAUUUGCGAGCCGAUUCGUAUGA